CCGUUUCGCGUGAAAACGUGUAUUUAAUGUCCAUCUUUCAAUAACAUGCUUAACCAUGAGGUCAGGAAAAAACAUUUCAAACAUCUUGGCGAUAAGUUGUCUAUAAACCAUGAUUGAUUGUGGUCUUGUUACAGCACAUUUGUCGAUCAUUCUCUCACCUCUUUGGUAAAAGUAAAAGCUUGAAAUGAAUUGCAGGRUUUGAUGGUGGCUUUUUCAACAUGUCAAAAGAUCGACGUUUAAAUGUUCGACCUCAACUUGACUGCUUUUAUUUCCCUUCUGAAGGUGUUGAACAUUCAGAGAACAAGAAAAAGGGCAACUUGGAGAKAAAAACGCAAGAAAAUGGAAACAUUUCAGUCAUCAAAAUGCUUGGCGCUCUAAGGUUUGCUUCCUCUGAAAAUAAGUUUUCAAGUGUCGUGAAAAAUAUCCCUUCRCAGUCACUAAAUGAUAUGRAAUAUCUUCUAGCGACUUCAAAUGGCAUUGAUAAAGACCAACUUCACCGUGAUAWUGCUAGGGACAUUMAAAAGGAUGGUUUAAAAAUCUUAGCCUUAAGUCCAAGAUCAUCUAUAGAGCUUGACACGACAGAUUCUCUUUCGGACUCGGCGUAUUCGCUAUCAUCGGAUCUAUCUCGUGAUUCCGAUGCUGUUUCGUUUAACACAACAGCUUCCAGCGAUUCUAAUGAUUUAUUCGUCUAUCAGCAAAUAAUGCAGACGAACAGGACAGAAGCUGGAUGUGAAACUAUUACAAUGUUUACAGCGAGUGGAUUUUGCAUUGAUAUUGAUGUCGAAGUCACGAAAACUGUUGUCAUGCUGAUGAAAAUUAUACUUUGGUUGCGUCAGAGGGAGGCAAAACGGAUAACCUUCGCUCCCAGACAGCUAAACUUUCCACUUGAAACUCACAGCUGGAAAGAAAAAAGUUUAACUCGUGAAACUAAGCAACCAAAAUCACCAAAAAGGAUUUCUUUCAGCCCUUGUACUCUGUUAAUUAGCGCUGUAACAGAAAAGUCAUUUCAUGAGGCGAAGAAGAUCUUAGAAUCAGAUGAUGAUAUCGAUAUCAAUACUAAAACACCCAGCGGACAAUCUCUUAUCCACAUAGCAGCUGCGAAUGCUGAUUUAAAGUGUGUACAAUUGCUAUUAGACCAUGGUGCUAAUCCMAACAUCAAGGAUGYGAACGGYUGGGGGCCAUUACAUAAUGCUAUACGCAGGGGAAGAUGGAAAUGUGCCAUUUUAUUAAUCGAAGCAGGAGCAAGUUUUGCUGAAUAUUCGAAUCAAAGAAUUAACGAAUACCAAGAAGUUUUAMGAAUGUCACGGACGUGUUAUAAGUCUAUGGAAAUAUUUGUCUAGGGAUGUAUUGAUAUUUGGAUGCUUAUUAUAUUUAUAUACAGUCGCCUUAUUGUGUGACACAAAGUUUGUUGUUGCGUGACUAUAAUUAAUAUGGUCAAAAGACACUAUCCGAAGAUUGAUAGUAAAUUCUCAAAAACUUUUCUUGUUUAUAAAACAACAUCUUUAAUAAAAAAUGUGUAAAAUAUAUUGAUGUUCAACUAAUAGUAUCAUAAAGACUAUACUGAAUUAGAAUUUUAAUGCCUAGUGUCCAUUAUAGUUGUCCAGUCAUCCCAAAAUACRGCUGUGCAUUGAUACUAGUAGUUCCUUCWGGUGAAGAAAGGAAUUCUCAUGUGCUGAGAUAUUCGCCUUUCACUGSGAGGCCGUCACARGAAUGUCUUUCGUUUGGCACUAUAGCAGCCRUGUUGUCUAUUCGGAGUGAUGAGAYUUCUUUUUCGGGAAGUCUUGCAGAGCGAAGCUCAAGUACUUGGACAAAGACCUGUACUUCUCCCCAGCCUUUCUUUGAAGCGUCUGUUGUGAUAAUCAUAUCUGGAUAUCUGGACAAGGAUGGUGAAUAGCAAAAAUGUGGUUCUCCAUAGAACUCGCCUUCCUGUCGGUUUGAAGAACAAGGAGAAAAGCCAGCAAGGCAUCAUAUUCCCACAAGGCAUAUAGGCGCUCAUGGUUGUGGGUAGAGAUGGUUCUUUUCCCCUUUCUUUUUCUUUUUCUUUUUCUUUUUUUUUGUGUGUUUUUUUGUCGUUUGGAACUUAAUUAGGGGACCCUAGUGCGUUAAAAAGUUGAAGCACUAAACGGAAAUUCCACCACUAGUUUUCUCAUAUAUUUCGAUCGGAGUCUGUGAAAUAUAAUCCAGUAUUCAGCUUCGAUAUAAGACGUCGUUGCGCUGUUUUAAAAUAAUCAACCAAGRACAGUAUACUUUUGCUUAUACGGCAGCCAUCUUGAAUUUUGUGGAAAUUAUGGGGUGUAYAGKAGGCAAAAAGSACAC